UAGAAUUGAAAACUGAAUCUGCAUGAUGAAUUAGCUCACCACUUUCAAAGAGACUCAUUCCGUUUUCAAUUGCCUAACAUGAUUUUCAUGUAUCUAUUGCCGUGUUUCCUUUCAUCUCCAAUGUGUUUUUCCAUUUCCAAACGUGGUUUUAACUAGUCAAAGCUUUUUGUGUCUUCCAAAACACAUUUUUGUCAAUUGAUAUUGAUGGUGUGAGAAACUGUGAUGAUUUGUUCGUUUGUGAAGAACCAAAAUACUCUUGAGGUUUAUAACUUAGCGCAUCGAAAUUUUCACGUUUGUUGCUUCUUGGAGUAAUUUUUAACGUUUUCACAUACAGUUCUGCUUAUCUUUGUUGAUGGAACAGCCUAAAGGGGGUUCUGAAACCAGUUCGGGGUACCAGAUAAUGGUAGAACUAUUCGCUGGUAAGGAUCUUGUUGGUACAAAAUUAAUAGGCAAUCCAGAUCCUUAUGCUGUCAUCACGUGUGGCGAUGACGAAAACAGAUUCAGUUCCAUAAUCCGUGGUUCAAGAAAUCCAGUGUGGGGGGAGGAUUUCAAUUUUUAUGUUCAUGAACUUCCCGUCCAGAUCAAUGUAGCAAUUUAUGACUGGAAAAGCUAUGCUGUAAGUGUCCCUCUUGGUUCAGUGACUGUUCCAGUUGAAAGUGAAGGUUCAACUGGUGCAUGGUGGCAUACUUUGGGAAGUCCAUCAGGGCAGAUUACUUUUCGAAUAAAAACACAAGCUUCUGGAAAUGGUUCCAGGAUAAAUGGUUAUGGAGGAGGUAACCCUCAAACAAGGAUGCCACCCCUGGAAACACAUGGGCUCACUGUUGUCCAUCAAAAGCCCGGGCCUCUUCAAACUAUAUUUGGUCUUCAUCCGAACGAGGUUGUUGAUCAUGAACAUACUUGUGCACUAGAUACAUUAUUCUUGUACCAUGGUCGUAUGUAUAUCUCAGCAAGGCACAUUUGUUUCUCUUCCACUGUAUUUAAAAUGAAGGUCAGACUAUGCUCCUGUUUUUGUAGUGAACACUGUGACUUUGUUGGUUGCGAAGAAAGGACUAGAGAGAAAUAAAGAGAAAUGGGUGAAAAAUUGGUAAAAGGAAAUUUUUUAGUUGAAGUGAAACAGAGUACACAGAGCAAACGUGAAUGGAAAGUAUAAAGGUGUGUGUAAAUUUGGUUUGAAAGAAAAGAAAAAAAGAGGAACUAUAAUAAUUUUUAAUGAAUUUGUUUCCGGGUUGUUUUGAAUUUUUCAUAUACUAUUUUUGUCAAUUUAAAACACCAUAAUCGAUUAAGAUUGGUAAUGGGACACGAGUGUAUAAUAAAAUCGAUUUUUCUAGAUAGUGGGAGGCUAAUCAUAGAUGCAGAGAGUAGAAUAAAAUCAAUUUUCUCUCGAAAUGGCAUCUUGCUAAUAAUUGAAUUACCAGUUCAUCUUUCCUCGCAUUUCUGAUCAAAUGCACUAUGAAAAUCUUCAGAGUAGUCCCACCGAAAUUUCAUCAUAUCUCUACACAACCAAAUCCCCAUUUUCUUCUCCAUUCUUUACUUUUCUUUCUUUUCUAACCCAGCUUAUACUCAACCAAACAAAAUGUAUAGCUUGCGUUGUUUC